CCGGAUGCCGUCGUCAGAUAUCCGCACCCCACCCGGGCUCAGAGGCGAGGGCUCAAAGGCCUUUCCUCGUCCACAUUUUUGGGCCCUGUGGGUUGCCGUGGGGAUCUCGAGCCAAUGACCUGGCUUCGAGUUCCUGAUAGUAAUGAUGGCUUAAUCGUGUGCGGUCUUUGAGCUUCAUCCUCUCACCUGUAAAAUGAGGACUAGAGUCCCGGCAUGGUGGCGCACGCCUUUAAUCCCAGCACUCGGGAGGCAGAGGCCCAUCUUUGGAACAGUAUCUAGACUCAGACAUUGAAUUACUUGGAGCUUGAGAAACCUAAAGCCUCCCUGACAGCAGUCCUGCAGAGAAAAUAAUCUAACGUGGGCAAUUCAACAUCUCCAACUUCUCCAUGGCCUUUGUAAUGCUAAAUGGACUUCUGAUUAAGGACUCAAGCCCACCUGUUCUGCUAUACCAGGUUAGCAAGACUCCUCAACUAGAUGUCUUCAACUACCAGAGCUACUUUAUGAAAGAUCUCUUUGUCCAUUUCCCUGAGGUCUUAUUUAUACACCGGACCUGUAACCCAAGAGGCAAGGUGUUGUACACCUUCCUGGUGGAUGGACCUCUGGUACAUCUGGAGGGUCCUCUUGCCCGAGUGGUCUACUUCGCCAUCCCUGCUAAUGAGGAUGCUGGAGGCCUGGCCCAGAUGUUCCAGAUGUUCAAGAAGUUUAACCCAGCUUGGGAGAGAGUUUCUACCAUCCUGGUGGAUCCUCACUUCCUCCUGCUGCCCACCCUGGCCGUGGAGUUCCCGUCAGCUGAGAUCUUGCUCUCAGCCUUCCACAUCUGUAAGUUCCUCCAGGGCAAGUUCUAUCAGCUCUCACUGGAGCCAUCUGUGGAAAGCAUGCUCCUCUCCUCCCUGCAGAGCACCAUGUGCUCUGCCACAGCAGAUAACCUGAGGAAACUGUACACACUCUUGAGUACCUGUGUCCCCAAAAGCCAGCUGCCUGAGCUCCACCCACACUGGCUGCUCAAUGACCGCAUCUGGCUGGCCCACCGUUGGAGAAGCCCAGCCCAGAGCACCAGCUAUUUCCAGAACCUCGAGGUCACCACCCGCAUCAUCAGUCAGUUUUUUGGCACCACCCCAUUAGAGAAACAAGGUAUGACCUCUCUGUUCAAAUACAUGCAACAGAACCCUGCAGACAAAGCAAGCUUCAGCCUGGGUGUGAAGCCCCACAAUAAUCCCUCAGAUACCAGUCCCGAAAGCCCCAAAGUAGAGCAUUUGGUAGAAGCUCGUAUCCAGCACUCCCUUAAAGCCAUCUGCAUGGAGCCAGCCGCCCAGCUCUGUCUGGGUGAGCUUGCUGUGGUCCAGAAAUCCGUGCACCUCAUCGGCUCUGGCUCAAAAAAGAUGAACAUCCAGAUUCUGGAGGACACCCACAAGGUACAGCCCCAGUCCCCUGCCAGCUGCAGUUGCUACUUUAACCAAACCUUCAAUCUGCCCUGUCGUCACAUCUUAGCCAUGCUCAGUGCCCGCCACCAGGUGCUCCAGCCCGACAUGCUGCAGGCUCAGUGGACAGCAGGCCCUGCCACCAGUUUGGACAGCAUCCUGGGUAGCAAAUGGAGUGCAAGCCUGGAUAAGCGCCUGGCUGUGACUCUGCUUACUGAGGAGGUGAGUCAGCUCUUGCAACACUGCAGCAAGGAGGAGUUUGAGCGGCGGCACAGCACCCUGCGGGAGCUCGCCGACAGCUGGAUCGGCCCUUACGAGCAAGUGCAGCUCUAGUGACUAUGCUACAGUGCUGGGGAUUGAACUCACAGAGACAGAUUGUGCUGUGCUAGGCAAGCACGCCACCUAGGCUAUCUCCUGAGCCGCCUCUUUUUUUUGAGCCAGGGUCUCACAAAGUUGCUGAGGCUAGCCUUGAACUUGCAGUCCUCCUGCCUCAGCCUCCCCAGUAGCUGGGAAUCACAGAUCUUUGCCACCAGACCCAGUUUCUGGUUACUGUUGAUGUCCCGAGAUGCUCAUUGCUCAUACAUGUGUAUACGCUCACAUUCUCCCCUCUACACACAGGCACGCACACACACACAUACACUGUUGUACUUUCGUGGCCCUUCCUUCCAGAAUAAUGACAUGAAUCUUACACUUUUCUGUGGCCUGCUACCUAGAGUGUAUCAAGCUUCAUAGGAAAGUGUGAGCACAUCUUUUCUGUAAAGGGCUCAAUAAUAAAUAGUUUGGACUUUGA